AUGGCGACACCUGAGGAGCUCGCUGAGCUCUCUGAAGCCCGUAGAGAGUUGGCCGCUACGCGCCGUUCCCUCCGGGAUACUCGCGAGGCUCUCAACAACAUCAUCUCCGACGAGAAGGAUGAUACUCAGCAGCUUAUGAGCGACCUCGCGUCCAAGGAGGCCAGUAAUCUUUCUAAGAUAGGUAGCCUCGAGGCCCGUAUUGCUGAACUUGAGGCCCUGGCUGACCGAUCCGUCAGCGAGAUAUCACGGAAGGAAGGUUUCAGUCGACUCUCUCCACGGUCCGAGGAGGAGGAGCAUGAGGUGUAUACCACUCCGAAGUCACGCUCCUCACGAUGCCCGGCAGCGACAGUGACUAAGUUAUGUCUGCCUCAACUCUGUGAAGCAACAGAUCUCCAAUCGCACUAUCAUGCUAUUGAACACACCUUCGUUGAAGCAGGAGCCGCUGAGUAUCACCAGCAAGGACAUUUGCUAGUGCACGAGGAGGUCAAAGUAUCUGUCAUGACCAAAUUCCUUUCCUCUCUGAGUAAUGUCCGACCGGUCCAUAAGAAGGCCACUGUAGCGUCACGUACCCACUCACAGGAUUGGAAUUUGGUCCGCAAUGUCCUUCUGACGAGGUAUUGCCGCAGAUCAGUGUUGAAGGAGACCUACGAGGAGAAGUUACGCAAUCUCACAUUUACAGGGGGUAAGCAGAUCGAGGAUUUCCUGGAGUCCGCCGCCGAUAUCUACCAUCUAUUCACAGAUGUCUACCCGAACGACGUGUCGGAGCGACGUUCAUUGACAAGACAAGUUCUGGCGAAGUUCCCACAGCAUAUCAUUGAGAAGGUUAUGGAGAGAAUUUGCCAGCUGUCGGGGUUAGCCUCUGUCGAUGAGGACUGGAGACGGCGGUGCCAUUCGAUGAGGCAUCAGACGGAGUGCGAAGUGUUUGUGAGGCAAUCCGAUGGGUAUGCCGAACAAAGGACCAAGCCUCAAUAA